AUGGCCCAGCUGCCCCCCGAGGCCUCCUGCCCCAUCUGCCUGGAGCUCUUCCAGGACCCCGUGUCCAUCCACUGCGGCCACCACUUCUGCCGGGGCUGCAUCACCCGCUGCUGGGAAUGGGCCACCCAGGCCUUCCCGUGCCCGCGGUGCCGGGAGCCGGCGCCGGAGCUGAGCCUGCGGCCCGGCCGGGAGCUGGCGCGGGUGCUGGGCAUCGCCCGCAGCCUCGGCCUGGGGGCAGCCCCGGGCAGGGGGCAGCAGGGGCAGCAGGGGGAGGAGGAGGAGGAGGAGGAGGAGGAGGAAGGCUGCCAGAAGCACCAGGAGCCCCUGAGGGUCUUCUGCGAGGAGGACCGAGCGCUGCUGUGCGGGGUCUGCCGCGAGUCCCGCGCCCACCGCGCCCACACCCUGCUGGCCCUGCCCGAGGCUCAGACACGCUUCCAGACCCAGCUGCAGGCCCGGCUGCAAACCCUGAGGGACGCCAGGGACAAACUCCUGGAGUUCCGGGAGGCUGAAAUGAGGAGAAACUGGGAGUUUUUGGAGAAGACGGAAUCCGAGCGGCAGAGGGUCCUGUCCCACUUGCAGGGGCUCCGGCUGUCCCUGGAGGAGCACGCCCAGGCGCUCCUGGCCCGGCUCGGGGACCUGGAGCGGGACCUGGAGAAGCGGCAGGAGGAGAACCUGACGAGCCUGACCCAGGAGAUCUCCCGGCUGGACACGCGGAUCCAGGAGCUGCAGGACAAGUGCCAGGAGCCGGCCAGGACCUUCCUGCGGGACAUCGGCAGCACCCUGAGCAGGCUCCAAAAUGAACACUUCCAGCUGCCCCCGUCGCCUCUUCCGGAGCUGGAAAAGAGAAUCAGCCACUUCAGGGAGAGAAACGAUGUCCUGGAGGAGACUCUGAGGAGCUUCCAAGACGUGCUGAUGUUUGAGCUGCCUGAAAAGAUGCUGGUGACCCUGGACCCCCACACGGCCCACCCCCAGCUCGUCGUGGCCCCCGAUGGUGGCAGCGUGAGGUGGGAGCCCACUGGGGAGCCCUCGGAGCCCCAAGACCCCUUUGACCCCUCGGACUCCCCGGAGCCGUCCGUGCUGGGGCUCCCUGGGGUCUGCGCCGGGCGCUGCUGCUGGGACGUGGAGGUGUCCCCCGAGGGCUCCUGGGCGCUGGGGGUGGCCGGGGAGGGCACGGGGAGCGGGACCCCCCCUGGGCAGAGCCCCCCCUGCGCCAGGGGGUCCCUGUGGGCGCUGGGGCAGUGCCAGGGGCGGCUGUGGGCGCUGGCGGGCCCGGAGCGGGUGCCCCUGGCGCGGGUGCGGGUGCCCCGCAGGGUCCGCGUGUCCCUGGACCGUGACAGGGGCCGGGUGGCCUUUUUCGACGCCGACAGCAGGGCCCUGAUCUUCGCCUUCCCCUCCAUCUCCUUCGGGGGCCGGGGGGUCCGGCCCUGGUUCCUGCUGUGGGGAGAGGGCGCCCGGCUCGCCCUGUGCCCCUGAGGGUCCCCCCAAGGCGUGAGGGUCCUGCCCCGUCUCCAGCACUCUGGGGCGUCUCCGGCUGCCGAAGCCUCCUCCUCACCUGGGGGGGCUCCCCGGCCCCAAAGGACACCCCCAAACCCGGGGGUUGGAAGCAGAGCCACGUCCGUGCCUCCACAUCCCGCCCGGCCCCUUCUCCCUCCU